GGCGGCGAGAGAGCUCACUUUCAGCGAUGGUUGACAAGCUCUGCCACCACAAAGUAGCCAGGAUCGAGGACGGAAGGUACUUGCCGCAGCAGCGGAGUAGUCACAGCAGCAGCCGAGAGGGAUCGCUGCGUCCCAAGUAUAAAGGAGUACGUAAGCGGAGCUGGGGGAAGUAUGUCUCGGAGAUCCGGGAGCCGAACAAGAGGUCGCGGAUCUGGCUCGGCUCCUUCGAGACACCCGAGAUGGCGGCUCGAGCCUACGACGCUGCUGUUCUGUGCCUGAGAGGUGCCAAUUCUAGCUUCAACUUUCCAGAGUUCCUGCCUGGCCUGCCGCGUCCUUUGCCGACCACCAACAAGGAGAUCCAAGCUCUGGCUGUUUUCGCUGCUCAGCAAGCUCGAGUUACUAGCACCACUGCUACCGCUGCUGCUGCUGCUGCUGCUCCUAACUUGGUUCGUGUGCAGGCACCUCCAUCAAUCUCUUCGACUGCUGAGUUCUACCAUCGGAGAAGAUCCAGUCAAGAAAGCCUCCGAGCUGUUCCCGACGAGAGUGGCGGUGGCAGCAAGCGAGGCGCAGUAGGUCCAGUCGCUCAGAGUUCCAAUCCAAACGCAUCGUCUACAUCAGCAGCGCCUGUGUCAGCACCGAACUCGUCGCGUUCCACGACAUCUAGUGACACAGUACCGGCUGCUGUCGGCUCCACCGAGAUACUUUCAGCAAUCCCACUGUGGAUGGACGCUCCAGAAGACGCGAGUGACUUGGAUCUCUGGACGUAUCCCGAGUUUCCAUGCACCUGAAGCUGAGACGAUUUUUCGCCGGGGAUCUUGUUUUGGGCAUUCCUUUUCUUUGUCCUAUCUCCAUCUAGAUCAAGCAACAUGUCAAAAGAUUAGAAAACAAAAUAAAGAAAGAAAAAGAACAGGA